AUGAAGUGGGUCUACCUCCUCUUCGUGUCCUGCACCUACUACUUUUUUACUUUAGCAUUUGUAGCCCAGAAGGGUCCGGCAAACAUUCUCUUACGUAGUUCUCACAGACAGGGCUUAGACUGUGGAGAGCCAGGGAUGCCUUCAGCCUAUGUGUGUUCUGAUCCCUGCGAUAACUACACCACGCUUGUUGAGGCCUGGAGAAGCUUGGACCAAAUAAGUGAUGGGAAGGAAUGUGACGUUGAUAAAGAAGGCUGGUAUCGGUUUUCAGGUCCAGGUGGGGUAAGGAUACCAGAGAAGUGUGUGUCAACCAAUAGGUGCGGCACGGAUGCCCCUAUGUGGCUGAAUGGGACCCACCCGUCAAAAGAGGAAGGUAUUGUUAGUCACACAGCCUGUGCUCACUGGAGCAAUAAUUGUUGCUUCUGGAACACAGUGGUGAAGGUGAAGGCUUGUACGGGUGGAUUCUAUGUCUACAAGCUAAAUGGAACUCCUGCGUGUGAUCUGGCAUACUGCACAGACCCCAACACCACUGAUACAAUCGAGCCGGAAUGUGAUCUCGACUGUUCUACCCAAGAGGAAUGCCGACGUGUCAAUGGCACUUGGGGCUGUUACUGCAGACAAGACCUCAACAUUUCUGGUAUUGCCAACUUGCACCCUCUACUGAAAUGUGGAGCCAGUGACAUCACACUGUCUCUGGACAAGUGCCAACUGGAGAGUUUGGGGUACACUGGAGAGAUAUUUGCCUACUUCAGAGACAAGAACUGCAGUGGGUUUUUGAGGGCAGAUGAGAGCAACAAGCUGUCGGUGGUGAUCCCAACAUGGGCUGGAGCAUGUGGAACAACUCUGAAGAGAAAUGAGACUCAUGCUAUUUACAAAAACGUCCUGACCUUGGCCAAGCACCUCAUCAUCAGAGACAAUGUGUUCAACAUUGACUUUCAGUGUGCCUACCCCCUGGAUAUGAAAGUCAGUCUCCAAACAGCCAUAAAGCCCAUUGUCAGUGCUCUGAACAUUAGUGCCACUGGCUCAGGAAAUUUCCUAGUGAAAAUGGCUCUCUUCCAAGACCAGAAUUAUACCUCCCCUUAUGAAGGUUCCAUUGCUGUAUUGUCUGUUGAAUCUGUGCUCUAUGUGGGUGCCAUUUUGUAUCAAGGAGAUACCUCCCAGUUCAACCUACUGAUGAAGAAUUGCUAUGCCACACCCACUGAAGAUCCAACUGACCCCAUGAAGUAUUUCAUCAUUAGGAACAGCUGCCCAAACUUAUAUGAUUCAACCAUCAGAGUGGAGGAGAAUGGGGUGUCUACAGAAGGCCGCUUUUCAGUUCAAGUAUUUAUGUUUGCUGGAAAUCAUGACCUUGUCUACCUGCACUGUGAAGUUCAUCUCUGUGACGGUGUCAGAGAACAAUGUCGUCCAUCUUGUUCUGGAAUUCAACACCGCAGUGAAGUUACUAUCAAUACCGAUCAUGUUCUGGAUUUGGGACCUAUUGCCCGAAGAGAUUCCCCAUCUGUCCCUGUCACAAGUGGAGCCACCACCCUCUUAGGGUUCCUAAUGAUCUGGCCAGGGCUGUUGCUGUCUGUCCUUGGGAUUUUGCUGUUCCAUUAA